AUACUUGUCAUAAACUAGUUAUUGUAGAAAGAUUGAUUUAAAGAAAUUUGAUUGCUAUAGAGAAGAUGCCAGAGAAGAAUUUAUUUGGAGAUCUGGAAUAACAGAUGAUAAAAUUUUAACAAUCUGCCUUCAUCAUGAAAAGAUUUUUGGUACACACUUUGAAAAGAAGCACACAAAAUGUUGCAAUUUAUUGGACAAGCAUAAAUCAAAAAAAAAAGCAAUCAAAGGGAGUCAUGUAAUAACAUUAGACAUGGCAAAGCAAUUGAGAAUUAAUUUUCCAAAUGUUGUGCCUGGAUAUCACUUUGUCGGAGCUGCUUUGACGCUAUUAUAAGUAAAUUUCAUGAACAAGAUAAUUGUGAAUUUGAGGAAUCUAUUUCAUGUGCUACUUCUGAAAAGUCACGAGAGGCAUUAAAUGUUAGUUUGGAAACAAUAGGUGUAUCCCCCAUAAAACUUCAUGGCAUUCCAAAGCAUCAACGGCUAUCUGUUGGUAAAAGUAAAGUUAUAAAAAUAAUGUCAAAGUAUGAAGAGCAUAUUUCAGAAGUAUAUAAUGUUAGGGAAGAAGAACUGAAGCAUAAAAUUCCUCAUACAAAAAUUAUUGACAAAAGUAAAUGUGAUGAUUUAGACAAACUAACAGCAGAAAUAAAAGAAAAGUUAAUUGUUUCUGACCAAAAAACUAAAAUUCAGUUAUUAACAUUUACACCCGAGUCUUGGUCAAGAAAUUUUGCUGCAAGAUAUUUCAACGUCACUAUAUACCAAAUUAAAGAUAUUGACCAGAUAUUGAAUUGUAACAAAAUGUUUGACUACUGUACUAACAAUAUUAAAGGGAUUAUUUUUUUCAAGAUUGAAAAAGAACGACUGACAGAAUUGCGCACCACUUUGAAAACACGUUUUGAGCUAAGUAGAACAAUCCCUGGAACUAGGAGCUAUCAUCAAUUUAAACCAGAAUCUAUAGAUACUAUUAGCUUUAAACGAACAAGUGAAGAUGUUCAUAUAACAGCCAUUUUUUCUUUUUCUGGUAUUCAAAGUUCUCAAAAUGAUCAGCAAAUUAACAUUGAUGCCUUUAAAUUUGGUUAAUUCAAUAUGUGUAAAUAUGAUGCGUUUGAUUGGACUGGUAUGAUCAAUGAAGUUGAUAAUAUAGAGCAAGAUGUUAUGGUAACAUUUAUGCACCCGCACGGUCCUUUUAAUAAACUUUUCUGGCCAUCUAGAGUAGAUGAGUGUUGGGUUCCAAUUACCAACAUAACUUGUAUAAUUGAUGCACCUGUAACAACAAAUGGACGUUUGUAUACUUUGACCGUCAAUGCAUCUAAGCUAAUCUUAGCAUUAUCUUGACAA